CGAGCCAUCUUGUUUUCAAAAGGAUACCCGUCAUACUAGACCAAGACCACUGAGACAUAAAACCGUCGUUAGGUUAUAACUGUUGAUGGUGUGUUGACAUGUAAUUCUCAAUUGUCGGUGUAUGUAAUUUAAAUGAUUAAGAAUACAUAUUUACGUCAAUUUCCCCAUCUAAUAAUUUCCUGCCGUGGAUUCACGUACGAUUUAUCAAAACCACCUGAGAACGGAUUUUCGUUUGUAAACAUCUGCUAAAUCAGUAACGGUUUUUCAUCAUUUUAAUAUGGCUCGAAAUGCUUGUUUAGAACUUGCUCUUGAGGGUGAACGUUUGUGUAAAAAUGGAGAUUUUAGUGGCGGUGUUGCGUUUUUUGAAGCAGCUAUUAGAGUUGGAACUGAUGACCUGAAAACUCUUAGUGCCAUAUACAGUCAACUUGGAAAUGCUUAUUUUUAUCUUGGUGACUAUAAUAAAGCUAUGGAAUAUCAUAGGUGUGAUCUUACAGUUGCUAGGGCAAUGAAUGAUGAGUUAGGAGAAGGAAAGGCCAGUGGAAAUCUUGGUAAUACAUUAAAAGUCAUGGGUAAAUAUGAUGAAGCAGUCACGUGUUGUGAAAGGCAUCUUAUUAUAUCGAAGAAACUCCAAGACAAGGUUGGUGAAGGUCGGGCCUUAUACAAUCUAGGAAAUGUAUAUCAUGCCAAAGGAAAACGCUUUGCUUGUCUGGGUCACCAAGAUCCAGGAGAAUUUCCAGAAGAAGUGAAGGAAUGUUUACAAAAGGCAGUUGAACAUUAUGACCAGAGCUUAAAAAUAAUGAUGGAGUUGGGGGACAGGAGUGCUCAGGGAAGAGCUUGCGGGAAUUUAGGAAAUACUCAUUAUCUUCUUGGAAAUUUCAAUGAAGCUAUAUUUUAUCAUAAGGAGAGAUUAAAAAUUGCAAAAGAAUUUAAAGAUCUAGCUGCAGAAAGAAGAGCUCACAAUAACUUAGGAAAUGCCCAUAUAUUUCUGGGUGAAUUUGAAACUGCUGCUGAACAUUACAAGAAAACUUUAGCACUUGCCAUUGAAUUAAGAGACAAGGCUGUUGAAGCUCAAGCUUAUUACAGUUUGGGGAAUACAUAUACUUUGUUGCAUGAUUAUCCCACUGCCAUUGAGUAUCAUUUGCGACAUUUAAAAAUUGCUCAGGAACUUAAGGACAAGAUUGGGGAAGGACGAGCUUAUUGGAGCCUAGGCAAUGCGCAUUCUGCCAUUGGAAACCAUGAACAGGCUUUGCAUUUUGCCAAUAGACACCUGGAAAUUUCAAAAGAGAUCGGUGAUCAAACAGGCGAAAUGACUGCACAGCACUGCAUAUCGGAUUUGCAGAGGGUUCUAGAAACACAUGAAAAUGCUUCCUUGAAGAGUAAUUCAUCUAAUUCCAGUGGAAGAAUGCGCCGUAUUAGUAUGGAACAUAUGGAUCUAUUAAAAUUAACUCCAGAUGCUAAAGUUGCUAAGAGUUCUACAGUUGAAAAAGAGAAAAAAUUGAGUCCUGUAACAGAAAAGAAUCAAACUCGAGCUCUUGAAUUGCCUGAAAAUAGUACUGAAAAUGUUGCUGUUAAAGAAAACCCAACAUCUGUCAGAAAAGAUUCACAAGUAAAGGAUUUGGAAAGCUCAAUGGACGAAGAAUCAUUCUUUGACCUCCUAAGCCGAUUUCAGAGUAAAAGAAUGGAUGAUCAGCGAUGCUCUCUUGUUUUGUCGGAAAAUAAAGAAAAUAAUCAAUUGUUGGGCAACUGUCAAAAUAACUUUCAACCCUCCACUAGUCAAAACAAUAAGGCUGCUAAUGUUGAUAAAGAUAACAACAGAGUUCAGGAUGAUUUGUUUGAUCUUAUUGCUGGUAUGCAAAGUCGUAGACUUGAUGAACAAAGAGCCAGUUUGCCACGUCUCCCAGGUCUUAAUUAUUUUUCAUUAAAUAAUGGGGCCAUCCGAAACAAUAACAAUACUAUACCUCCGGAGCAAGGUCUUCAUCGCCCAUCAGUUGAUGCAUCGUCGAUGCCAGAUGAUGAGUUCUUUGAAAUGCUUAUGCGAUGUCAGGCUAGCAGAAUAGAAGACCAAAGAAGCAGCAUGCCAGAAAUUUCCACUAGACCACACCAGAUGUAUUCCAUGGCUCAUUGUAAUGGCAACAAUGCUCAUGCAGCCCCUACCGUGCCAGAUGAAGAUUUCUUUAGUCUGAUUAUGCGUUUGCAGUCUGGCCGUAUUGAGGACCAACGAUCGACACUACCUGCAAUGCCACCCAAGGAAAAAGUCGACCCUCUUCCUAGUUCUAGUUCACACAGUAGUAAGGCUACUGGAACUUCAUCUAAAACUGGAUCCCUGAGAUCCAGUCUAAAAUCUGCAAAAGGCUCAUUGAAACGCUGACUAUAAAUUUUAAUUUAUAUUCUAUCAUGACCAAAACUUUAUUGCCUCUUUGGACUGGCUUUGCUGAAAAUGGAGAUAUUUUGAUUGGGAAAUAACGAAAGAUUGCUUUUAAAUGUCAAGACCAAGCACUGAAAUCUAAACUUUGUGGCUUAUCAUCCAAGUAGCCUUGUGCUGGUUUAAAACCAAAGAACCAUUGCAAAGAAUGCUAACUGUUUACUUUAACAUACUUUAAAAAAUAAUUUAUGGAAUUCCCAUCUCAUAAAUUGGUUUGUUUUGGUUUUCAUUGGUCAAUAUUUGAUUCAUGUACAUUUGUAAAUUAUAUGCAUUCAUCCCCCCUCCCCCUUCUUAAAGCAUUUGUCAUUAGUGCCAGUCAUAAAAUGGUACUCUUUUGAAAUAUUUUUUUUUCUUCCACUUUCUAACUGAAAACUCUUCAUUUAAAGAACUAUGCAAUUUUUAAUGUACUUUUUAAAAGUUGAAUUGUGACUGAAUAUUUCAGUAGAAUCUUCAAUCAAUUCAUGUAUUAUUUUCAAAUGAUUUAUUGUGUAAAGUGUUUAAAAUAAAUCUUGCCUUUAUUAUAUGAAAGCUUUAUUAGCUUGAAGUACAAGUGCAACUUUAAUCUUCCUAUUCCAUUAAUGUUUUUUCAAGAUAAUAUAACCAUCAUUCUAUGUGUUUUAUGAUUGAUUACAUUGAUUGUGUAAAAUUUAGAACAGUCUCUAAAAUACUUAAUUUUUGUGUGAAUACUGUUAAAUUUUGAUUUUUUAAAAAUAAUUUAGAUAUAUAUGUGAAAAGUCAGGUUAUUUUGUAGUAUAAAUUAUUUUUUUAAGAUUAUGUACAUCGAAUGGAGCUAUUAUAUGUAUUUCACUUGAUCACUGCUAUGCAAAAAGCAAUAAUAUGCAAACUUGUUUUAUUUUUAAAGCAAUAAUUUUAUUAUGAACUGAAUUUAAUUUGAUGUAUCCUUUAUUUUCCCUACAAUUCAACAUUGCAUAUUAAUUCAUGUUUUUGAGAAAUAUUUUCUUUUUAAUCAAAAUUAUAUAAUAAACAUCAAAUCAUUGUUUUAUUACGAUUUCCAGCGACCUCCUAUCAUUUGUAUAGUGUUUGAUCAUUCAGUGUUUAACGAUAGUCAUACUUAAGGCAUUUUUAAAUUAAUAGACCUAGUUAUAUUUGUGUAUAUCAAAAUACAGCCUUUAUUAAUUAAUUAUAGCAUUUAUGCAAGCUCCUUUGUUUUUUAUUUUAAUUGAAUUUAAAUUUCUUACCAAAGAGGGAAAGCAUUAAUAAGUAAAUAAGGCUGAAAUAAACCUUAUUAUUUUGCCUUGUACACAUUUUCAUUAUCAAUUUCCUUACAUAAACUGAAGAAUGUAACGAAUUUUUAUGAGCUGUAAAAUGUUUUAAAACUAACAUUUAUAAAUGUACAAAGAGAUUCUCUAUUUAAAUAGCCAUUAUUAAUGUUAUAUAUUGUUAUAUUUAAAACAUUAAUUAAAAUCAAAAUUCUUCUAAAGAAUUCUGGUGCUUGUUAUUCUUGAAAUACAAAAUGGAAUUAUUGAAUUUUUCAUUAAUUUGCUGUUUGCUUUUUUUUUUAUUAUUAUUUAUUUUCUAAUAAUUGUACUUAUGUUUUUUAAUGCAGAAAAUCUAAAUUUGAAAAGUUUCAUGCACGAUUCAUUUUCACAUCAUUAUUUAGCCACAAAUAUGCAAAUACAAUAAUCAAUCUCUCAGUUUGUUAAUAUGCCAACUGCACAUUCACUGAAUGCUCAAUUUUGGACAAUGUUUAUGUGUAAUUGCACAUAAUGUACUUGUAUAGUUUCAUUUAGUUCACGGAAACAUUUUUCUUAACUAUGUUUUUAUAGCAGCUUUUAGUCAUUGUAUUUUAUUAUUUUACGUAAUUUUUUGCACAAUUUUUGUUGUUUUCUUUUGUAGGUACAUUUUUUAAAAAUUGUUGUGUAUGUAUUUACAUACUUGUUAUUUAGUCAUUAAAUUUUGUAGUAUCAAUAUUGUAGAAAAUAUAAUAUUGUCUUCAGAUAUAUUUUUUAUAUCUUGAAAUUGAUCUUUAAAAUGAAAUGCUGAUGUCUUGUACAGUCCCUUGUAUAGAAAUAGUACAAUAAAAAUAUACACAUUUCUUCCACUUAAAUAAAUUUGAUUUACUUUAAUCAUAUAAAUGGCUGUUGGUCCUAAAACUUAACUAGUGCUCACUAUUUUCUUUAAAUGCAAUUAAGUCACAAUCAUAGACUUUCAAGCAUUGGUUGUCUUCUUAAUGUUAUGUGACCAUAACCAACUUAUUUUUAAAGGGAGAAAAAAAAAAAAUACUGUUUUUGAAGAAUUGGUGCUUAUUUUUAUUGUGUUAAUCAGUCGAUUCUUAAAUAAAUAAUUGG